AACGGAAUGUGCAUUCGCGUGCAAUGCGCCCUCUGUCGGAAAUGCUGCGAUUGAAAACACCGACGUUCUCCCGCGCGAUGAUAUCGAAAGUCCUCUAAUCGAUCUUGCCGAAAGAUAACGAUAUCUCCUUCCGCGGAUCAAAAAGGUUGCUUUCGAUGCGCAUGCGUAAAAUUGGAUACAGCAAGACUCGUGUAGUUGCGUGCAGUCGCGUGAUGAUCGUAGUCGCGUGAAGGUGUUUACGAUUGUUCAAAUGAGUAAGAAUGAUUCGAUGAGCAGAUAUGGGCCACUCGUUGGUGCAAUCGACGAGGGCACGAACAGUGCUAGGUUUCUGGUUUUUGCAGCCAAUACAGCAGAAGUCUUGACGUACCAUCAGGUCCCAAUAUCUAAAAUUUGUCCACAGGAAGGAUGGGUGGAACAAGAUCCUGUGGAGAUAUUAAGAGCAGUUAGAGAAUGCCUUAAUCAAACUAUACAUAACUUGAGGCAGUUGACAAUAGAUCCAUCCGAUAUAGUUGCCAUCGGUGUAACAAAUCAAAGAGAAACUACAGUUGUAUGGGAUUCUGUCACAGGAGAACCACUUUAUAAUGCCAUAGUAUGGAUGGAUAUGAGAACCACUUCAAUCGUGGAUGAUGUAUUAAAGAAUAUACGUAAUAAAAAUAAAGAUUAUCUGAAGCCACUUUGUGGCUUGCCAAUUAGUCCAUAUUUUAGUGCAUUAAAGUUGAAAUGGUUGUUAGAAAAUGUGCCUCGUGUUCAAGAAGCACUGGCAAAGGAUCGUCUCAUGUUUGGCACCAUUGAUUCCUGGCUAAUUUGGAAUUUGACCGGUGGUGCCAAAGGAGGUGUUCACAGCACAGAUGUCACAAAUGCUUCAAGAACAAUGCUCAUGAAUAUUGUAACUCUCAAGUGGGAUCCUACUUUAUUGUCGUUUUUUAAAAUACCUGCUAAGAUUUUACCACAAAUACGAAGCUCAUCUGAAAUUUAUGGUUACAUACAAGAUGAACUCCUACAAGGUGUUCCUAUAUCAGGGUGCUUAGGCGAUCAACAAUCAGCUUUAGUGGGUCAAAUGUGUCUACAGCAAGGGCUAGCAAAAAGUACUUAUGGCACUGGUUGUUUUCUUCUUUAUAACACCGGCACAGCUAUUGUGGAUUCGGCGCAUGGUUUGUUAACGACGGUCGCUUAUCAGUUAGGAGAGAACGCUUCUCCAGUGUAUGCUCUUGAGGGCUCUAUAGCAAUUGCCGGUGCCCUUAUACAUUGGUUGAAGGAUAAUUUAGAGUUAAUGGACAAUAUAAAAGAUUGCGAAAACAUCGUCGAACAAAUAUCCGCGGACAACCGUAUUGUUUUCGUGCCAGCAUUCGCUGGGCUCUACGCUCCUUAUUGGAGGAAAGAUGCACGCAGUGUCAUAUGUGGACUUAGCGAAGACACAAAUAGCUCGCAUAUUAUAAAGGCAGCCCUGCAGUCGAUAUGUUUCCAGAUUAGAGAUAUCUUGGAAGCUAUGAAGAAGGACACUGGCUUAGUGCUUUCGAAAUUGUUGGUCGAUGGAGCAAUGACGAACAACGACUUGUUGAUGCAGAUGCAAGCCGAUAUCUGUGGAAUUCCAGUAGUUAGGCCACUAAUGUGCGAAACUACUGCGCUCGGAGUUGCGAUUGCCGCGGGUAGCGCAGAAGGAAUACGCAAAUGGGACAUGAAAAUCGAUGCUACAGUUCCUAGCGACAUUUUUUUGCCGUCGAUUACUGAGAACGAGCGUGAUAUGUUAUAUUCGCGGUGGAAAGUUGGUAUUGAGAGAAGUUUAGGAUGGGAAACGACUCCAGAAACCGAUGGUACUUCUGUUAUAAAUGAUACAAAUAAUAUACAUAGAGUGACUGCUCCUGGUGUAUUUGUAAUAGGCACUAUAAUAUUACUUAUAGUUGCUAAAUUUAGAUCUACUUUGUAAUAAAUUUAUAUGUGUAGUAUUAAGUACUGUACACAUUGCAUUUAGAAUUGACCAAUGCAAUUGAGAAUUGCUUACCAUAGAUAUGAUAUGAUGUUGGAAUCUUGUGUCUCGUCGCGUUCUGCUAUGUUUGUGUAAGAAUGAGUAUUAUUUAUGAACCAAAAAAAAAGAAGUGUCAGGAAUAAGUGCCAUAAUAUAAUACCGUAAUGACAAAACCAUUUAAAUAAAAAAUGUUAAUAAACUGUUAAGUUACAGCUUUGUUUAAUGAUCUUGUUUUAAUAAUUUUACAGAAUUUGUUUACAUUAUGUUUGAGUUUCAUAGCUUUGCGUUUAAAUCGAUUUUCGUAGUCUCUGUUUUAUCAUCGACGGUAGCCUUAGGUCUUUCAUUUAAUAUUCUUUGAAGGAUUGCAGGAGUAAUCGAUACCACACCUUCAUCGGACGCUUCACGUUCCUUACACGUUGGAUGUACAGUCGCUGUUUUCUACGAUUACAUGUUUGAGCGACGACGGACAUCUCAAGCCAGGCAUCGGUUCUUAUGACGCAGAUGCGCAUUCGUGCCGUUUGUGGUACCAAUAUACGGGCGAUCAAAGAACGACAUGGCUGAGAUACUUUAGGAUGUUUAGGAAACACCACUCUGCUUUGCACUUGCUGAGUGAGGAAAAACAGAACGGGACUGGUUAUAUAAGAAGACGAUAUAACGCGUGAAUUCACACAAUUUACAAGGAAUAUAUAUAAAUCGGUAACAUACAA